CUGGCGCAUUCUAUGCAUGCGCGUUUUGUACCAGUCGCACUUCGUUCGUGCCAUAGAUCGGUCAUCUGUUCUGUCGCUAAGCAGUCUGGUCGGUCGAAUACACGGUCGUGCAACAUCAUGUCACUCCGGAGUGAGAAUUACACUGUUGACAUUGGAGAUAUGCGAAUAAAAUACAAAGAUAAACAUGAGAUCUUUACGGAGGAUGAUUUAAUUAGCAAGGAGCCUAUGGGACAAUUCAAAGCAUGGUUUGAGGAGGCAUGCAAUACUCCAGAAAUUUUAGAACCUAAUGCGAUGCUUCUCGCGACAGCGACAAGAGAUGGUGUACCAUCCGUGCGCGUAUUGUUACUAAAAGGCUUCGGCACAGAAGGUUUCAAGUUUUAUACGAAUUACGACAGCAGGAAAGGCCGCGAAUUAGCUGAAAAUCCACAUGCUGCAUUAACUUUCUACUGGGAAUCCCUUAGACGAAGUGUACGUAUCGAAGGUAUCGCCAAAAAAACCUCAGCGGAAGAUUCAGAUCAUUAUUUUCGAAGUCGGCCAUAUGAGAAUCAAAUCGGAUCUAUGGCCAGCAAGCAAAGUAGUGUGAUUGCUAGUAGACAGACCCUUCUUAUUAAAGAAAAGGAACUGCUCGCGAAAUUUCCAAAAAAUCAAGUUAAAAGACCUGCUUGUUGGGGCGGUUAUCUCGUAGUGCCACACUCCGUAGAAUUUUGGCAAGGUCAGAGCGAUCGUCUUCAUGAUAGAAUCCGUUUUAGACGCCCAAAAACGAAUGAAAAAAUAGAUAAUAUUCUCGUGCACGAAGGAAAGGAUGGAUGGGUAUACGAGAGACUUUCGCCAUAAAAAAAGUCACAACAUUUAUUGAUAAUAAA